GAAUUGUAAACAGGUAGGUUGUAUGAUUUAAAAUUGUGACUCAUGAUAUGCGAUUGAUGGUGUGAUUUCAAAUUAUAAUUACUAAAUCAUGCCCAUUAUCGUUAAAGAUUAUACGUGGAAACAAACGGAUUCGGUGGUCUUGAUAUAUGUACCAUUAAAAGGGGUACAUCCAUCAAAAGUUAAUAUUUUUACCACAGAGAACUAUAUUAAGGCUCAUUUCCCACCGUUCCUGUUCGAAGUGUUCUUGUGGGCUGCGGUGGACGAGGCAGAGAGCCAGUGCACCAUCGCUGAAGAACAGGCAGUCUUCCAGCUGUGCAAGAAGGAGGCGGGGGCGUGGGAGAGUCUGCACUUGGAGCUAGGCAAGGCAGAGAUGGUCCAACUGCGGCAGAAAGCCAUCGAAAGAGCGCAGCAGGUGGCAAAAGAGCGCAGCAAAGAGAAAGCUGUGAGGAAGGACCAGCUGCAGAAGCUAUCCGUGCGGGAGCAAAUACAGCUGGACAGCGAAGUGCGGGCUCGCAUAGAGGAGCUGAAGAAGCGAGCCACCGAUGAUGCUCUCGCGGACCUGCAGCUGUGGAAGGAAACGGCCGUGCCCCACCGCACAGUUGCAAGCAGCUCGCACCACCCAGCAGGCGGGGCUUGGUCCAAGAAAUCAGGUGAAAGGAAGAUUGAAUCCAAAACUCCUAGCAACAUCUUCGAACUGACAGAAAGUGGCUGUGUGCCAGUACCACUGCCUCGUCGUUCAGGAAACAUCGAAGUGAACUUUACGGUGCGUGAAUUUCCAACUCCAUGUCGAGAGUCCCAAGCAGAGGAAGAGCAAGCAUGGCUGAAGCAGCAGGCCGAAGCACGCAGACAGGUGGGCUUCGUGGAAGAGGACCUACGACCAGAGGAGCGCGACCCCGUCUGGCUCAAGGACAAGGGAGAUUCUUUUUUUCGAGCUGGAAAUUACUUGGGUGCAGUCAGUGCAUACAGCCAUGCCAUAAAGUUGGGUAGCAAGAUGCCAGAAAUAUACUCCAAUCGUGCUGCAGCACAUUUCGCCCUCAACAAUCUUCAUAAGACUCUCAACGACUGCACAAAGGCCCUGGAGCUGCUGGUGCCGGCAGUGCCCCUGAACGCCCUCCAGCGCGCUCGCUGCCAUGCCCGCCGGGGCUCCGCCCUGUGCCGCCUCGGCCUGCCCGAGCGAGGGCUGGUGGACCUGAGGACCGCCCUGGCCUUGAAACCUGGCGACCAGCAGUUGCGCGAGGACGUGGAGAGGACACAAGCCCUCGUCGACGGCCUUCCCAGCGACUCAGACUCCGACGAGUACGUGCACUGACCCUGCUUCCUUGUCAUGCACAUUUACUUCACAAUGAAGGAUUCAGAUGGCCUGACAGUUAAUACACUUAAUACUUCCACCCAGUUUUAAAGUUUUUUUUUAUUAUUUUCUUUAUAAGCCGGUAAUCCUGAUAAAAGUAUUAAAAUUCAUUUCCAAAGAUGACAGUCUGCAUCAACAUAUUUCAAACUUUUGGGUCAUCUUAAUACGUUGAAGUUAUUAGUUACCUACUUCAGUAAUAAUAGUAGCUGUAAUGUGCUAUAAUAUUAACACGAAUAAAAUAAAAAAUAAAAA